AUGUCAUUUUCACUUCCUCCACUACCACCAUCACUGGCCACUCCGUCAUUAGCGCCACCGGUAGAUCUCCCAUUACGACAGAUUCCGGGAAGCUACGGAUGGCCGUUGGUGGGUUCAAUAUCCGACAGGCUCGACUAUUUCUGGUUCCAGAAGCCCGAGAGCUUUUUCAGAAAAAGAAUUGAAAAGCACAAGAGCACAGUUUUCCGUACCAACGUUCCUCCCUCGUUCCCAUUCUUCUUGAACGUUAAUCCUAAUGUCAUCGCCGUCGUUGACGUUAAGUCAUUCUCCCACUUAUUCGACAUGGAUCUCGUCGAGAAAAAGGAUAUUCUUCUCGGAGACUUUGCCCCCAACCUCGCCUACACCGGAAACAUGAGAGUCGGUGUUUACCAAGACCCUUCCGAACCUCAACAUGGCAUGGUGAAGAAUUUCACAAUGGACAUCCUUAAACGGAGCUCAGGAAUAUGGGCAUCUGAACUAGUAUCAAACCUAGACAAAAUGUGUGACAACCUCGAAUCCACACUCUCCAAUUCCUCUUCCGCGAGCUACCUUUUCCCUUUACAGCAGUUCCUCUUCACCUUCCUCACCAAGACCCUCUCCGGAGCCGACCCUUCCGUCGACGCCAAGAUCGCGGACGGCGGCUACCUCAUGUUUGACCGCUGGUUGGCCCUUCAGCUCCUGCCCACAGUCCCCAUAGGCAUUCUCCAGCCCUUAGAGGAGAUCUUCCUCCACUCAUACGCCUAUCCUUUCUUCCUUGUCAGUGGUGACUACAACAACCUCUACAACUUCAUCAAACAACAUGGUAAGGAGGUUGUAAACAGAGGCAAGCUCGAGUUUGGGUUGACCGAAGAAGAAUCCAUUCACAACCUUCUCUUCGUGCUUGGAUUCAACGCGUUCGGAGGCUUCUCCGUAUUCCUCCCAAGCCUGAUUGACGCCAUAGCCACCGACACCACAGGCUUACAACGCAAACUGGCAAAGGAAGCAAGGGAAAAUGGCGGGUCAACCCUCACCCUCAACUCGGUCAAAGACAUGCCACUCAUCAACUCCGUCGUCUACGAGGUGCUCCGCCUCAACCCACCGGUUCCCCUCCAGUACGCCCGCGCAAGAAAGGAUUUCACACUGAGUUCACACGACUCGGCCUUCCGAGUCACCAAGGGCGAGUUACUCUGCGGCUACCAGAAACUUGUUAUGCGAGACCCACUUGUGUUUCAAGAACCGGAGAGUUUUAAGCCGGACCGGUUCGCUAACGAUGGGGCCCAAUUGUUGGACUACUUAUUUUGGUCCAAUGGGCCUCAGAGUGGGUCCGCUACUUCGUCCAAUAAACAGUGCGCUGGAAAAGACAUUGUGCCCCUUACAGCUGCUUUGAUUGUAGCCCACUUGUUUCGUAGGUAUGAUUCUAUUGAGGGGAAUUCUAGUUCCAUCACUGCCCUUCAGAGGGCCAAAUGAAUUCCCUUUCCAUGUGUUUUCUUUGAGGUGGAUGUGUUUAAUCCAAGUUAAGGAUACAUGCAUACAUAUUAUUAGAAUAAGGAAAUUGUAAUUAGAGUAUAUACCCAUUUUGGUCCUCAAAGAAUUUUAGACUGGACACUUUAGUCCCUAACUAAAAUUAAUUACUCAA